AUGGACGACACCAUCGCGCUCAUCGUGACUGGCUUCGCUGGCAUCGUCGUCCUCGCCGUCCUCUCCAGGAGACUUCUUCUACGUUCCAACUUCCCCAAUCUUCCCGCACCACCCGCGGGCUCCCUCCUUACCGGAAACGUGCACCGCAUGCGCAGUCGCCACAGCAUCGAGUACAGAAGGCAUGUAACCGACACCCACGGACCGUUGUUCAAACUCGCGGGUCCGUACGGGGCGGAAUGGCUGUACAUCUACGACCCCAAGGCUCUCUACAGCAUCGCUAUCAAGGACCAAGAUGUCUGGGGGAAGCACGGCGCGUUGUUAACGAUGAUUAUGCUUGGCCCCGGCCUGCUCGCGACGGAGCAUCACCAGCACCGCAAGCAGCGCAAGAUGCUCACCCCCGUCUUCUCCGCCGCGUACUUGCGCAACAUCACGAGCGUGUUCUACGAGACGACCUACAAGCUGCGCGACGCCGUGCUUGCCGACAUCAACAGCGACGCGGACGAAAUCGACGUGCUCAAGUGGACCGGACGCGCCGCUCUCGAGCUGCUCGGGCAAGGUGCGCUCGGCCACUCCUUCGACCCGCUCACAAAGGAAGUCCCCGACGCGUUCGCGGCCGCCGUCAAGUCGUUCUUCGCCGCACUGGGACCACUGCACCUCUUCCACAUCAUGCUCGGCCCGCUCCGGCGGUGCGGGCCGAGCUGGUUCCGACGCAUGGUCGUUGACGCGGCGCCGUUCGAGAGCGUGCAGCGGAUGAAGGCUAUCGUGGACACUAUGCACGCGCGAUCGAUCGAGAUCGUCGAGGAGAAGCGCGCCUCGCUCAUGCGCGACGACGAGGCGAUGCAGCGGCUCGGCGAGGGCAAGGACGUCAUGAGCAUCUUGUUGCGCGCGAACAUGGCUGCGGGCGAGAAGGAUCGGCUCACCGAGGAAGAGCUCAUCGCUCAGGUGUCAACGUUCGUUCUUGCGGGCAUGGACACCACGUCCAUCGCUACCUCCCGCGUCCUGCACAUCCUCGCCUCCAAGAAAGACGCGCAGACAAAGCUUCGGAACGAGAUCCUGGAAGCGCAAGCCGGCACCGAGGUCUCCUACGACACCCUCAUGGAACUCCCCUUCUUGGACGCCGUUUGCAGAGAGACCCUCCGCGUAUACGCCCCCGUUACCACCAUCAGCCGCUACGCCGUCAAAGACACAGUCCUAGGGCUGUCUGCCCCGAUCCGGCACCGCCGUGCUCUGCGACCUCGGCGCGUGCAACACGAACACGGCGCGUGCAACACGAACACGGCGCUGUGGGGCCCGGACGCGCGCGAGUGGAAGCCGGAGCGGUGGCUCGCGCCGCUCCCGCGCGAGGUCGAGGAGGUGCGCGUGCCCGGGGUGUACUCGAACUUGAUGACUUUCCACGGCGGCGGCCGGUCGUGCAUCGGGUUCAAGUACGCGCAGCUCGAGCUCAAGGUCGUCCUGGCCGUGCUCCUCGCGAACUUCCGCUUCGAGCUGUCCGACAAAGACAUUGUGUGGAACAGCGCCGGGGUGAUGUACCCCACGGUCGGUCCCGUGAGCAAGAAGCCUGAGAUGCCGCUGAAGGUGUCUGUGUUCCGGGAGCGUAUGUAG